AUGAGGUUACACGUCACUGCCCUCGCAUGGGUCCUGGUACCGUCAAUACUUUCCGUCGUCUCUCAAUCACUAUCAUUACCUUACAAUCCGACUUCAAUAUUACUGCCUCAAUCGUCCUCUAGGCUCAAUGACCUCGCAUAUGCCUUCGUACCGAUAUCUCAGUCUAACUCAGCCCACCAGCUGGUAGCUCUAAACAUAUCUACAUAUCUGUGGAUUUCGAACUUAUCCUUUACCAGCAUCACACCAAUAUUACCUUUCACCAGCGAUGCUUCGGUAGCGUUUAUACCAUCACUGGCAGCGUCUGAUGAGAUCAACGUCUAUACGGGGACAUGUUUAACAUCCAAUAGCUCUUCGCUAUGGCGAUUUACUCCUUCAACCGAAAGUGCUACCGGCAAUGGAACCUGGGCGAGACAAACCACGACAACGGCUGGUACGGUGACCUCGAGCUCCCUUCCAGGCGCGAAUUUCCUCUCUCGCGGAUUUACUUUCUCAACGGUUGUUGGUGCCAAUGCCUCCGAAUCGACAAUAUAUAACUUUGGUGGCAUGUGCCCAACGCUAGGGGCAACCACUGCAACAUGGCAGGCCGCAGCCAAUUACUCGAACCACAUGCUCCGGCUUGAACCUACAACGUCGUCUCUAGGCUCAGUGUAUACUCUGGAUCUGCCUGCCAGCAGAGGACCACCCAUUGCUGAAGCAGGCUUCACGAUUACUGGCCUCUCACCAACCUAUUCGAACAAUACUGGAAUCAUGACUCAACAGAGAAGCUACGUAUUGGUAGGAGGGCACACCAAGUCGGCUUUCAUUAAUAUGAGCUCUGUUGCACUCUGGAGUCUGCCGGAGGAGAGCUGGACCUUCGUCACGGUAGCACAGCCUAAUGCCAACGGAAACUCUAAUACCGAAUUAGCUGUCAAGAGCCUUCCGACUUCUGUGGACAGUAGGUCUGGACAUACCGCUGUUUUGACCGAAGAUGGAUCUCAGAUAAUUGUAUAUGGAGGCUGGGUGGGAGAUACAAGCCAAGCAGCGGAUCCCCAGCUUGCGAUUCUAGACAUUGGGACCGGAUUUGGUGGGAACGGGGGAUGGAAGUGGACUAUACCAAGUUCACAGCCCGCAGGAACCGCUGUAUAUGGGCACGGUGCCACAAUGUUACCUGGAAAUGUAAUGAUGAUUGUUGGAGGGCAAAACAUUUCAACAUCGACAACCAGGAAAAGAGAUGUACCUGGCACUGGAGUCAUGUUUUUCAACGCGACAAGCAUGCAAUUUGUUACUAACUACACAAAUCCAGCAUAUGCGUCAGCAUUAGCAGAAAACCAUGGAAGCUCAGGUGAUUUGGGAUUAGCUUUAGGUCUCGGCUUGGGUCUGGGCUUAGGUUUGGCAGCGAUUCUUGCAGCCCUUGCAAUAUUCUGUUGUUACAGUAGACGUCUAAGACGAAAGAGGGGAGAGGAUCGAGAGAAAAGCUUCAACUCCUUGAACGUACGCUCGGCGCAUGGAUACUCUUCUCCGCCAAUGGAAGGGAGUGAGAGGAGCUUCACCUAUUCAAAUGGAAGACGACUUACACGAGUCGAACAAGACCAGGUUCUUUACGACUCGACAAGUGCUUUGGCAGGAUACGAAAGUCUGCAUCCCGGCGUUCACAACUUUGGCGAUGGUGACUCAAUUCCAUCUCCUCCACGACAAAUCCCAAGGAAACCUCUACAACAAAAUCGAGCCCGGGGAACUUGUCAGUUGACACCAAACUACGAAGUCAGUAACGGCUCUAAUCAUGGACGGACAAAUAGCUUGGGUACAGCAGGACCAAUCCAUCCUAUUUAUGAAGCAGACGAAGAGGAUUCUGUAGGUCGCGUGAGUGCUGACAGAUCCGGAAGAGUCAGCCUUGCGUUCGAUAACCCGCCAGCAACCUCGCACUCUCAAAAUGCACGAAAUUCAGAUCCAUUCCGAGACCACCAACACCCGAACCCCAUCCUGAUCACACGGAGGAACACCAAUCGAAGCGUGAGUACUUCUGAAAUCGAAAGCCCUGCAGUAUCUCGCGAGCGAGAGAUUCAAGACUGGGUUUCAGACUGGGCAGCAGCCGAUGCACUUUUGAAUGCUCAGACAAGAACACACUCCAAUGCUGGUCGACUUUCACCUACUCGACGAGCUCAACUCAUUGCUGGAUCUCAUAGUGUCAGUUCCGUCUCUGGAGAAGAAGAUAGUGCCCGGACAGGAAGCAAUCUUAGCGAUCGCAGUGUGGCUGUCUCUGCACUCUCAAGAUCUGGGUCGAGUUCCCAAGGGCGAUCAAGAAGCAACUCUCUUCGAGGGUUUAUAGCUAAUACAUUCAGUUCCCAUGCUGCGAAUGCCGUUUCCACAGCCGGAGCUAGUUCGUCUAUGAGUCCAACAUUUGAAGGCCCAUCUGUUCGCUACAAUCCGAAUCGAAGUGCUGGCUCAGUGGCAACCUUCAAUACAGCACGUACCAGCUUCCCAGUUCUCCAAGCAGAAGCCGAGACUUUACUGCCUCGUCCUGAUAAUGAAGCCGAAUGGGACUAUUCGCCUACUGAAUCCGCGCACACGGAAGGAUCUCCUUCAAAGUCAAAACCCUCGGCGGGACGACUUCGUAGAGGUCAAACCGGCUGGCUUGGUAGUAUUCGUCGAGCCAUCGUAGGCGAUGAACCUUACUCUCCUUCUAUACCCAGUACAGCAAGUAGAGAGGGUUCGCCUGAAAGGAUGGAUGGUCCAAGCUCAUCAGUUCCCCGACGCACAGUUAGUGCGGGAGCUACACUCUGGAGAAGAAAGCAAGGCAAAAGUGACUGGGAAGAUAGUGAGCAUGAUGACAUGUACCUUCGUGGAGGUGGUGCUAGCUCGCGGUCAAAUACUUUUACGGGUGAGUACAGCGAUCGAGGAACAGCGAGCAGGGCAGAUUUCUACACCGACGAGGAAGAGGAAUGGGACAUUGAACGAGCAGUAGAGAAUAGGGUGGUGCAGGUCAUGUUUACCGUUCCCAAAGAGAAACUUCGCGUGGUCAACGGUGGUGCGGACGACAAUCGAAGCGAGGUUAGCAGUCUGAAGAGUAAAACAGGGAGCACCAGAAGUGAGAAGAACGCUGUCUCCUUGCCGCCGGUCAAGUUAGCAUCAGUACAAGAGCAAAGCCCGGACAGAUCUAACGUGAACUUGAUCUCACUUACACCGACAAGAAGCCGAGAGUCUAGCAAUGAGAGAACACCGGUCGCAAGCAGUGCAAAUUUCAAAGGGAAAGGUAGAGUGGAGGAGAUUGUAGAGAAUAUCGAGAGGAUUUACAGCCCUGGACAUCAAUAG